UUUCUCACAUGGUUAUAGAGGAAGUCAAUUUUAUGCAGAACCAUCUUGAAAUAGAGAAGACCUGUCGAGAAAGCGCCGAAGCUUUGGCAACAAAGCUAAAUAAAGAAAAUAAAACAUUGAAAAGAAUCAGCAUGUUGUACAUGGCCAAGCUGGGACCAGAUGUAAUAACUGAAGAGAUCAACAUCGAUGACGAAGAUGCCAGCACAGAUCCAGAGGGUGCCGCGGAGACUUGCGUCUCCAUCCAGUGUCAGAAGCAGAUCAAAGAACUUCGAGAUCAAAUUGUAUCUGUUCAGGAAGAGAAGAAGAUAUUAGCCAUCGAAUUGGAAAAUCUCAAGAGCAAACUUGUAGAAGUAAUUGAAGAAGUAAAUAAAGUUAAACAAGAAAAAGAUGUUUUGAAUUCAGAAGUUCUCGAACAGAGAAGAGUCUUAGAAAAAUGCAAUAGAGUGUCCAUGCUGGCGGUAGAAGAGUAUGAAGAGAUGCAGGUUAACUUGCAACUGGAGAAGGACCUUCGAAAGAAGGCGGAGUCAUUUGCACAAGAGAUGUUCAUCGAACAGAACAAGCUCAAGAGACAGAGCCAUCUUCUGCUGCAGAGCUCUGCCCCCGACCAGCAGCUGUUGAAAGCUUUAGAAGAAAAUGCAAAACUUGUCCAGCAACUUGAAGAAGAGAGAAUUCAGCAUCAGAAGAAGGUGAAAGACUUAGAGGAGCAGCUAGAAAACGGAGCACUCCACAGAGAGAUACGCAACCUUAAACAGCAGCUGGGGCUUCUGGAAGAAGAUAAAAAGGAAUUGGAAUUGAAAUACCAAAAUUCUGAGGAGAAAGCCAGAGAUUUAAAGCAUUCCGUUGACGAGCUCCAGAAGCGGGUGAACCAGUCCGAGAAUUCGGUACCUCCGCCGCCGCCGCCUCCACCGCCGCUUCCCCCUCCUCCUCCCAACCCCAUCCGAUCCCUCAUGUCCAUGAUCCGGAAGCGAUCCCAUCCCAGCGGCAGUAGUGCUAAGAAAGAAAAAGCAGCUCAACCAGAAACAACCGAAGAAGUCACGGAUCUGAAGAGGCAAGCCGUCGAAGAGAUGAUGGAUAGAAUUAAAAAGGGAGUUCAUCUUAGGCCAGUGAAUCAGACAGCUAGACCGAAGGCAAAGCCAGAAUCUUCAAAAGGCUCUGAGAGUGCAGUGAAUGAGCUAAAAGGAAUACUGGGGACACUUAACAAAUCCACUAGUUCAAGAAGCUUAAAAUCCCUUGCCACUGAAAACAGUGAGACUGAGUUAGAGAGGAUUUUGCGUCGCAGAAAGGUGACAGCAGAAGCAGAUAGCAGUAGUCCAACCGGGAUAUUAGCCACCUCAGAGUCCAAAUCCAUGCCAGUGUUGGGUUCUGUAUCCAGUGUAACAAAAACAGCCUUGAACAAGAAAACUCUGGAGGCAGAAUUCAACAGUCCGUCCCCCCCAACACCUGAGCCAGGUGAAGGCUCGUGUAAAUUGGAAGGAUGUACAAGUUCCAAGGUCACAUUUCAGCCUCCCAGUAACGCCGGAUGCAGGAGCCAGUGCUUUGGCAAAGAGCAACAAGCUGGACCUGUUGUAGUUUUAGAUCCUGUUUCCACACACGAACCCCAAACCAAAGACCAGCUCACCGAAAAAGAUUCAACUCCACGCAAGGAUGACGAAGGCAAAAUGAAACCAGAAUACAAAGAAGACAGCAUGGAAAAAAUGAGAGACACAGACAGCUCUCACUGCUGA